AUGGGGGUUACACUGAAUAAACGUAAUUUAAGAGUUUUAAGCAUUACUUCUCUUCUAUUAUUAUUAGUAUUUUUCGUUGUACAAAAUGCCAACUCUGUUUCAAUAGGAGAAUCGUCAUCACUAGCAAAUGCUAAUUCUAAUGAAGAUCAAACUCUGACUUCAGCUGGCACGAGUAUCAAUAAGGAGUCCAAGGAGGAGGUAGUUACUGAAAAGCAAAAGGCUAAGGAAAAGCAACCUGAAGGUGACUCUGUGGUGGAUGCAGAAAUUGGUAAGAUUAAACAAGAGGUUGGUAUUGGAAAAACCGAUGAUUUGGAGACAGGCAGUAGUGGAUCAAUUAGUGGUGGUGGUGUUGUUGGUAAAGGUGGCUCAGCAAGUGAACAUGCACAACAAACCGAAUUCGACCCAGUAAAGGAAUAUGCAAUGAUUUUAGACUUUUCUCCAAUAAUUGUUUUCAGCAAGUCUACUUGUCCUUACUCGAAAAAACUAAAGGAAUUAUUAGACAAGGAAUAUUCGUUCACACCAUCAUAUUUCGUCAUUGAACUGGACAGGCAUCAUAACGGAGCAGAACUACAGAAGUAUGUGGAACAAAAGACUGGUAGAUCAACUGUUCCAAAUGUAAUAAUCAAUGGUAAAUCAAGAGGUGGUAAUGAUGAAUUUAGAUCACUUCAUAAUGAAGGUAAACUAUUGUCGUCUUUCAAAGAUUGGAGUCAGGGUACUUUUACCGUCUUGCAACUCGACAGACCUUCGAACAACUAA